GGUUCCCUUCCGAGCAGGAAGGGAGGUGGAGUUAUUUGUAGGACGGACCAGAAGUUAGUCCUCCAAGGCGGAGGUUCCGUUCGGUCUCAGCGGCGAUGAUGAGUUUCGAGUGGCCCUGGCAGUACAGUUUCCCGCCAUUCUUUACGUUGCAGCCCAAUGUGGAUACAAGGCAAAAACAGCUGACAGCAUGGUGUUCCUUAGUGCUCUCAUAUUGCCGCCUCAACAAGCUCUAUACUAUGACUGUUCCAGAGGCUCAAGAGAGUCCAUUGUUCAACAAUUGGAAAUUGCAACGAAAACUCUCAUUGGAAUCCAUCCUUGUUGUGUUAGAGGAGCUCAGGAAAAAAGGGAAUCUUGAAUGGCUUGACAAGAACAAGUCUAGCUUUCUUAUCCUGUGGCGAUGUCCAGAGGAAUGGGGCAAACUAAUUUACCAAUGGGUUUUGAAGAAUGGAUUGACAAACUCGGUUUUCACACUGUAUGAGUUAUCCAAUGGCGAGGAUACAGAGGAAGAAGAUGACACCAAGCUGGCAGGAAUAGCCAACACUCCAGAAGAUAGGCUCAAGAUACAGAAAGAUCUUGACAGACUAGAAGAUUGGGCGCUAUCUAACAAAAUGAAAUUCAACAGUGAAAAAAGUAAGGUUCUACAUUUUGGCCAAAAAAACAAAAUGCACAGGUACCGGAUAUGUGGUACCUUGCUCAAUAGUAGUAACUGUGAGCGGGAUCUUGGAGUCCUAGUGGACAACCAUUUAGAUAUGAGCCAGCAGUGUGCAGCAGCUGCCAAAAAAGCCAACACAGUUCUGGGCUGCAUAAACAGAGGGAUAGAAUCAAGAUAGAUCAUGUGAAGUGUUAAUAAAAAAGAUGUGAAGACUCUAGAAAGAGUGCAGAGAAGAACAACAAAGAUGAUUAGGGGACUGGAGGCUAAAACAUGUGAAGAAUGGUUGCAAGAACUGGGUAUGCCUAGUUUAUUGAAAAGAAGGACUGGGGGAGACAUGAUAGCAGUGUUCCAAUAUCUCAGGGGUUGCCACAAAGAAGAGAGAGUCAAACUAUUCUCCAAAGCCCCUGAGGGUAGAACAAGAAGCAAUGGGUGGAAACUAAUCAAGGAGAGAUGCAACUUAGAACUAAGGAGAAAUUUCCUGAACAAUUAAUCAGUGGAACAACUUGCCUGCAGAAGUUGUAAAUGCUCCAACACUGGAAAUUUUUAAGAAAAUGUUGGAUAACCAUUUGUCUGAAAUGGUGUAGGGUUUCCUACCUGGGCAGGGGGUUGGACUAGAAGAUCUCCAAGGUCCCUUCCAACUCUGUUAUUAUUUUUUUAAAUAAUUCUAUUCCUUCUCCCUGCUCUCAAAAACAAUUUGAAAAACUGUUGUAGACUGAUAUGAAGACCAUAAAAAUUGACAUAAGGGGAGAUUCCACUUCUUCCACUCUCUUUGAUUUCAAAGAAGAACUUCAUAGGAUGAGAACAAAAUGGAGCCAGCAAAACUACUAAUUACAGCAUUACAAAUUAAUGAAUGCUCUUAUACCUCCUUCAUUUUCGAAGGAGGACUAGAAUUAUUUAAUCAUGACUUUUAAGUCAUGCUUAAUGUAAGCCAUAGAACAGGUUUUUUGUUAAGAAACUUAAUUCCAGAGAUCUAUGUUUGGACAAUAUAGGUAGUCCUGGUUUAGCCAUCAUAAUUGGGACUAGCAAUUUAGUCAUUAAGCAAAGCAGUCACUAAGUGAAACUGCAGCUGUGCUUAUGAUGUUAAGCUUUCCUUUCCUUUCCAGAACUGUGAAGAUUGCAAAUGUGAGGAUUGCUCAAAAAAUUACUUUUUCAUACUGAUAUAACAAGGACUAUCUCUAUUAAAUUGUGAUGUGAUUUAGUGCAGAGGUUCUCAAAUUAUAUGUUGGAAUCUUCUGGGAGAAUCAUGUGCAACUCAGAAGAGAGUUCCAACUUUUUAAAAAUGUUGGCUCAGACAUGGUUAUCAAGCCCAGAUUUCAAAGUAUUACUAACUACAAUGAAAUAAUUAGCAAUCAAGGGAUGUUGCCCAAAUUAAAUUUUCAUCAUAAGGGACCAUAGUAUUGCGAAAUUGGAGAAUGCUGAAACUGUUUUUUAGACAAGGUCAUUAAUAGCUUUUGCUAUUAUUAACAUCAGUUAUAAUUUACCAAACAAAUUAUCUAGCUAAAUUGCUGUGGAAUCCUCAGCACUCCACUAGCAUUUAGAUUACAAAUAUUAUACAACCAGAUAAAAUACAUUUAUUUAAACUCAAGCAAUCUGAAUGCUUUCAUCUGGCAUCAAAUAGAUAUAAUGAUUUUUCAGGUUUGAAGAAGACACGCUGUUGUAUAAUUCAUCUUGGGCAUGGAGGAGCCUCGUAGUUCUUGUUUGGAAGUACAGAAUAGUUCGAGGGGGGCACUAGAAGUCCGUUGUUGCAGUAACUGGAUGUUUCUCUGUGAUGCUAUUCAUGGUUUGUAUCAGAUUUUGGCAGCAGCUGUCUUCAAAAUCAGUGGAGGCUUCAUAGGGUACCACCACAGGUUCUUUUCAGCAGUGGCAGUUUCUAGUGUUCUUAGCGGAAUGUCACAGUGAAAUACAAUUUCUUUCAUAACAAUUUUGUAGCGUUGCCAUGGUCUGUCUAAGCAGCUCUUUCCAGAUUUUGAUACACUACACACCAACUGGCAAGGUAUACAAUGGUCAUCCAUUCUAAUGAUGUUUCCCAGCCACCUAACCCAAAUAAUCGGGGACACAAUGCUGAUGGACCAGGUACGAUCCAAGACCUUCAGAUUGGAGACAUGCCAACAAAUGCCAAGGAUGGAGCAGAAAGCACAUAGCUCUCUAUUUCAGAGAGAAAUUUCUAGAGUUGUUUGAUAUGCCUAGUUGACAGAGUUCAGGAUUCAGAUCCAUAUAGGAGAGAAGGGAUAAUCACAGUUCUGUAGACAUUCACAUUUGGGAAGAUACAGAUGUGUUGUUUGAGCACUCAUCUACAUAUCCAUCCUGGCUCCCCUUGCUGAUCCUGGAGUCAAUUUAUUUGUCCAGAGACCCAUCACUCAAGAUGAUGCUUCCCAAAUAUUUGAAACAUUUGUCAGCUGAAUGUCAUCAACAGUGAUUUUUGGUCCUAUGGGUUUGGAAUUUGGAAUGGACCGAUAAAGUCUUGUUCAAACUGAUAGGCCAAAGAGCAUAGCAACAUCUGAAAAUUCGUUCAAUAUUACAGAAAUCACUGUCUUUGCAUCUGAAGUAGAAAGUCAUCAUCAAAGAGGGUUUCCUGAAUAACUAUAUGAGGGACUUUGUUCGAGCAUCAAAGAUCAGAGAGAACUGUCCAGUUGGUACCUAAAGUAGCGCUCUCCUUCAGAUCCUGGAUAGCACGUAACAUCCAAGCAAAGAACAGAUGGAAUAGGACUGGGGCUAGGCACACAACCCUGUUUUAUCCCAUGAAAUGGCAAAUGCAGCUGAUUUAUUACUAUUAUAAAAAACAUAUGUCCAUUCUGUCAUGAAUCAAUUUCAUGAAUUUCUUCCAUAACGGCUCAGAAUGACCCAGAGAGCCUCCCUGUUUACAGGGGCAAAUGCCUUUGAAAGGUCAAUGAAAACAGAGUAAAGAGGUUUGUUCUACUUCAUGCACUUCUCCUGAAUUUACCUUAUGGGAAAUAACAUUGCAAAUAUCCAUUCUGGCCAAAAGCCACCUACACCUCUGGGAGGUUUCUUUCUGAAAAAGUGACAAGUCUGUACUUGCCUAUGAUGGACCUCAGUGAGAUACUGUUGUUUCUGUAGUCUGAUUUGCUUCUUAUGUUUGACAGCCACAGUGAGGGGCUUAGGAUGCCAUCCUGCCCUGUUGCUUAUUUAAAUUCAUCUAUGCUUUCUUGAUUUCAGUAGAGGAAGGCAUGUCUAGAGCAUCCAAAACUGGCAGCUGAAGAAUCUGCCAUAGGACAGCUUGAUCAACUGUGGAUGUCCUAUUGAGUAGGUCUAAAAAUAUUUAAUCCAUUGGUUUUUCAGUUUUUCCUGGUCCUAAAUGCUUUCACCUGGCUUCAAAUGUAAUCAAUAAAAUAGUUCCACAACAUUAUAGCUAUUCAGCCAAUAGCUUAAGAUUCACAACUGAGAAACAGCAGACAAAUGUAUAUCUGUUGCAUAAAUAGUCAGAAAUAUCAUAGUUCUUCAACUAAUUAUAUUGCCAGUCCCAGGCCUGAAGUGCUACCAGUUCGCACCAGUCCAGGCUAACCGGUAGCAGCGGUGGAAUAUGGUUUGGUGAACUGGUAGCGGCAGCAGCACAAAGGUCCACCACCUGCCUGGAUGAUGUUACUUCCUGGUUUUAACACAAAACUAACCGGUUUUUGACCCUCUGCAAAUGCACAGAAGAUUUUGCGCAUGCACAGAGGGUCCAAAAUUGUAUGUGAUGCACGCACAUGGAGCGCGCACUUCCAAACCGGUAGGGAAAGUAAGUAGAUAACACCCCUGGCUAGUACCACCCUUUGCAGCUUAAGUUGUGGGGAAAAAGUAGUGAAAUAGGCCAACCCAUUUAUUGGUUCUGAGGAGAUGGCAACAACUGGUGACAGAAACUAAUUUUGUAGAAUAUAGUUUGUGGAUAGGAGGGGCCAAGGUUUGCUAAAAUGAUUUAGAGAUUGAACCUGUUGCAGAAAAAAGUUUUAACAACUUGCAGUGCUGCAGUCAUAUGAUCUUUAGCCCAUAUCCCAAUUAGUCCAGCUUUCAAUAGCAAUGUGAUAUAUAUCUGGAUAAUAAAUGAGGAGUCUAAUAAUGGACAACUCACGGAGCAGGAAAAAAACCUUCCAAAGUAGGCUUUUAGUGUCAAUACUGGAAAGCCAAUUAUAAAAUAAAUGUAUAAGAUUCCAAUCAAAUUCUGGUCUGUGCAUUUUACAUCAAUGGAAUAUUUCAAAUAACUUUUAAAUACAUCCCAAUAGAGAAUGAACUAGAUAUGAUUUAAAUGUGUCUGGUACUGAGAGAAUGCUUUUUCCAAUUGAAGAUUCAAUGGUAUGCCAAAAGGGGCUGUACACAUAUGCUCCUGAUCAUUGCUUUUAUUGCUCAUAUCUGUCAUUUGGUGGUGGUUCCAAAAUGUGUGACUUCAGGGCCAAGGAAAUAGAAAAAAAUUAAAAACAGGGAGCAGGCAGGUAGGCAGCUGGUCUGAUCAUUAUACUUACUGGCAUUUUCAAGGCAGCAUCCAUAUGGAAGGGGUGUUUAUUUGUAGGUGGCUCCUGAAUUGUUUUAAAUUUCCCAAAGGGCUGAGAUGGGAUAAGGUUGGAGCUUGGAGUUAUGUUGGCUGCACUGAAGAAGAUAGGCUGUAGUGCCAGAUUUUUGUUUUUAUUUGUAAUGCUUUUUGUUAUUUAUGUUAUUUCUGUAUGAAAUAACUUCUGUAUAGCUUCUGUUACGAGCCACUCCAAUUGUAUUUCUUAAAAAUGGGCAACCAUAUAAGGCUUUUAUACAGAUAAAUAAAAUUCCUCUGAAUUUGGCCUGAGAUAGAAUAGUAGUUUCCCAAUCUUGUUCCUGACAGCAUUCCAGAGCUGAGAUGAAAGGCUUUACUGUUGCCAACUGAAUUAUUUUCAAUUACCAUGACAUGGGAGUCUGUGGAUGGAUGGACGAAUAAGCAUAUAAAAUAGGAGUUUCCUGGAGGCAAAAAAAACUUGCCAGAAAGUACUGGGACUAAGCUGUUAUGGAUACAGCAUCAAAUAUGUUGGUGCUCCACUAACAUCAGAAUACAUCUAAUACAGUAGUCAACAUUUUUAUACCUACUGCCCACUUUUGUAUCUCUGUUAAUAGUAAAAUUUUCUAAGCGUCCACUGGUUCGGGGGAAGAUGCACGAGCUAUUCUUGGACUUGGCUCUUUUGUUUGCAGUCGCACUAUAGCGCCAUUUAGUUUCACUUAUGUAAUGCCUCUGGUGGCUCAACAGACUAAUGCAGUCUGUUAUUAACAGCAGCUGCUUGCAAUUACUGCAGGUUCAAGUCCCACCAGGCCCAAGGUUGACUCAGCCUUCCAUCCUUUAUAAGGCAGAUAAAAUGAGGACCCAGACUAUUGGGGGCAAUAAGUUGACUUUGUAUAUAAUAUACAAAUGGAUGAAGACUAUUGCUUGACAUAGUGUAAGCCGCCCUGAGUCUUCGGAGAAGGGUGGGAUAUAAAUGCAAAUUAAAAAAAAACGUGAACUAAACUUAUGCCCAGGCGAUAUAAAUAGUAUACUUUCAGAAAUUUAAAUUGUCACGGGGAAUUUUAUGAAAACCUAAUGAAAAUGCUUUUAAAUAAUGCUAUGAUUUUUUUUCAAAGUCAAUUAAAUUAAAGGAAAAGGAAAGUGCUUCAGUAUCAGACAAAACCCCUGGAAAGCUGGAACGCCCACUAGUGGGCAGUAGGGACCAGGUUGACUACCACUGAUCUAAUACAUCAGAACUGAAGAAGGCAUUUCAUUGCAAACAAUAUAAGCCUAGGAAAAAUUAGAAUGGAACAAACAGGUAUUACAUUGAGACUGGAUCUCAUAGUUACAGAAUGGUUGUGCUGCAUUCUGGUUUACUGAAGAAUCAAACUAUAUGAAAUGUAGCAAAUUAAAUAUACUUAAUACACAAUUUAGAAAGUUUUUCAAAAAUCAUCUGAAAGCAUCAAUUUUUCAUAAACUAUUUGAAAGUGCCAAGUUCAAGCACAAUGGCUGAGACUUAGGAUGGAAUAUCUUGGGUCUCAAAUCAGUGAUGGGUUUCUACCAGUUCACCCCAGUUCAGGCAAACCAGUAGUAGCGAUGGUGGGAGGCUCUGCCCACCCACCUGGAUGUCAUCACGGAUGCUCUGCACAUGCGCUCCCAAUUCCAAACCGGUAGCAAAGGUAAGUGGAACCCACUACUAUCUCAAAUCUCCUCUCCCAGAAUCUCUUUGUGUCUUCACGUUUUUUUGUCAGGGCAACCUGGUUUAUCCAAUUAUGGGACCGAGCAUCCUGCUUCUGUUUUCACCUUUCAGCCCCAAUCCUAGAGCCUUCACAGGCAGUCACUUUUGCAAAUAACUAUUUUUGUGUUGAAUUUAUGUUUUACAGACAAAGAAAUAAAAGGAGAUUAGUAAAGAUCUAUUUUAAGAUAUUUAGCUCUCAUCAGUUAGCGAUACCCUUGUGGGAUUUAAACCCCAUGGCUUAGAGGUUAAUAAUGCAUCUCCCUAAUAUGCAAGUAGUCUGGAUUCAAAUCCCAAGAGAGUAUGGCUAACUGAUGAGAGCUAAAUGACAAAAAACACUUUAAAUUUUCAGUAGUGUAACUUCCCAGCUGUAGACUUUACUGUAUAAGUGUGACUAGAUGUUUAACCUUUUUUCUUUGCUUGAAAAGUAGGCUAAUUUUAGCAGUGAUAAACAGUUAAGUAUUUAAGGAGAAGACAAGAUAUUUGGGAAGCUGAUAGACAGAUCACUAAUUCCCCACAGGAAGUAUUCAAUAAGGAAAGCCAGAGCGAGCCGGAGAACCCCCACAACUUAAAUAAAUAAAUAAGCGGCUAGACCAGUCAUGGCUAACCUUUUCUGGACCAAGUGCCCAAAGUGUGCAUGCGCAGGCAUGAAUCCGCAUGUGCGUGCCCAAAAUGCAAUGCUUAUGCAGUCCCCCGCAUGCACAUGUGAUUCCCUGCACAUGCCCCACCCCCAGUGCAUGCAUGAUAAGUGACCUGAAGACCAGCUGGCCAAAGGCAGGCGCACGCAGAUGUGUGACAGAGCUGAACUGGGGCAACAGCUUGCUUGCUCACAGAGAGGGUGCUGCAUGCCACUUCUGGCACGCGUGCCAUAGGUUCGUCAUCACGGGACUAGACUAUCCAAUAGCCACUGUAAAGCAGAGAAGCCAGGGAGAGCAGGGAGCAAGCCAGGCUAGCCACAACGAAGGGAGGUCAAUCUCCCUAAGACCAAAGGCGAAGCUCCCAAAGGCUGCACAUGCACAUGAGCACGUGAGUCAAUCAGGGAAGAAGGGAAUUCUACCAUCUGGCUGCCCAGUUCAAUCCAGCAUACAAGAGGUGCAACUCUGCAAACCUGCAAAAAACGCCAUGGUGAGUGCACAAAAUAAAUAAAUAAUUUAAUUUUUUUAAGAAACUUCCUCACUGACCGCACCAGUGCCUUCACAGCAAAUCUACCAUGCCACGCAAAUACUCUACUGCCAAACCCCCACCCAAAAAGAUUAUGACCCACACGAUUCCUGUGUGUGCUUCAUCUGUACAGAAGCAUUCAAGGAGGAUGAGAGUACCAUGAAGUGCUCCCGAUGCGACACGUAUGCUCACCACAAGUGCUUGAGGUUAACCAAAGGCGUAGCCCAGUUUCUACAAUCACCUUCAGUUAAAACCUCCCAGUUUGCGUUUCCACUAUUCUGCUCAUCAUGCAAGCCCAGACUGGACAAAUCUAUUAUUCUACUUGAACGGGUUGACACCAUAGAAGCACUAUUAGCAUCCCUCGAAGAAAAAGAAAUAACAAAGAAAAGCGAAGCUCCAACAUCCCGAAAUCUUAUCCCAACCCAACUACCCCAGCUGCAAGAAACCAGUAAACCUCUGAGUAACAUUUCCAUUCUUGUCAAAGAUGCAACUGAACGUGAACAGAAGCAUCCCAAAGCUAUCUUAUUUGGACUGAUGGACACCAACAAAUCUGAUGGCAUCACAAAGGUUCUUAACAUCAUCAACAACUUCCAGGCAUCAACCAUCUCCCCCAAUGAAAUCAUUGACGUUUCCUGUGAUGGCCCUGAGCUCAAGAACAGUGACGGCUCGGUGGCCCCACUUCUGCAGAAUUGUUUGCAAGACCGAAACCAGCAAACACAAUACAAUAAACUCACUCGCCAAAAGCUGCACAAACCAUAAGAAACUUCGUUCGUGGCCUGACCUGUUCAUACUACAACAUGCCUGCACUUGCAAGCUCUGCUUGGAGCUCAAAAGACACCAGGACUAAGGAGAGCCUGACCUGUACAUAGACUACCACACUGACUGCAUCAAAUGCAAAAUCAGCGGCCAGCGGCCCAACAACCGCCCCCCCCAAAAAAACCAAAAGUAGGCAUGCACGCCCCCAACUUCCUCCAGGUCCACCCCUACAAACCUUAAAUGCAAGCUACUUAACACGAGAAGCCUUGCAAACAAAAUACCCAAAUUCCUCCUGCUAUUAAAUGUGGCCCUACUUGACCUUAUUUUUGUCUGCGAGAUAUGGUUGAAUGUAUCCUUUCCAGAUUCCAUUAUCACAGUAAGUAACUAUCACGUUUUCCGGUGUGACCAUGAAAACCGUAGAGGGGGUGGUGUUGCUAUCUUCUAUAAAAAAAGUCCCUAAAUCUGAAAAAGAUUAAAGUCACACAGAGCUUGCUUUUCCUGAGACCAUUGUCUGCUAACUGUCCCUAAAUAGCAUAGUUCAUUUCUUGUUAUGUUACAGAGCCCCUGAUUACGACCUUGGUCAUACGAAAAAGCUAAUUGCACUACUAACGUGGGCAGCUUCUUGCUCGCACCCCCUUAUCUUUCUUGGUGACCUCAGUUUGCCUCUUAUUAAUUGGACUCUAAAUGAAUGUACAAUCGAACCUAUACAUGCAACCCUGUACAAUGCUGUUACAAUUCUGGGGCUGGAUCAGUUGGUAAUGAACAGCACCAGGCUCAAUAACUGCUUAGAUUUCAUCUUCUGCAAUAGUUUAAACUCAAUUUAUAGCCUACAAGUUAAAGAACCUUUUUCCAACAGUGACCAUAGCAUGAUUGAUUUUUGUCUCAUUUUAGGUCCUCACAAAAAGGGUCAUAAUGAUGGGACCCCAAAUUACAACUUUAAAAAAGCCAACUAUGAUUUCAUAGUUGCUGACUUCACAUCUCAAUUGGCACCUUCUGUUCACAGUUUGUAAUACUGCAGAAGACCAUUAUAACACUUUUUUACUCAAUGUCAAUAGAGUCAUUAACCUAUAUGUACCAAUAAGAACCCCUAAAGCCCCCCCCCCAAAAAAUUACCCAUAACAAUAAGAAAGCUACAAUUCAAGAAAAAAUCUCUUUGACAAGAAAACAAAACUUUAACUUUAAAAACUGCUAUAAAGCCCUAUGCCACCAGAUAAAGGUAGAAUGUACCAACCACCAUUGCAAGGAGGAAGAGCUGUUACACUCAAAAUCCACCAGAGCCUUCUACUAUUUCGUAAAUGCCAAACUUAGACUCGAAAACUAUUCCACCCCUAAAAGGGCCUAACAGGGAAGACUGUAACAAUAAAGCUGUUAAGGCCAACCUCUUCAAUAUGUUCUUCAGUUCAGUCUUUGUCGACAGCAAUUGCUGCCACUCCACAUUUCCUAAUCGCACCAUAACUAAUUGUAACGAUUUACUGCACAUUGACUUUACAGUAGAUAAUGUUGAAAUGGCACUACAUAACGUAAAGUCAUCUCUAUCUAUUGGCCCUGAUGGAUUAUGUGCCUACUUCUUAAAAAAACUUGCCACUGCCAUAGCUGAACCUCUAUGCACAAUCUACAAGGUAUCUUUCAGAACCAGCUCAUUGCCCGACCUAUGGUCAUUAGCCAUGGUCAUACCUAUCUUUAAAAAGACACCCUAGUCUAGUAGAAAAUGACAGACCAAUCUCUUUGUGUUGCAUCACCUGUAAAGACAUGGAAUCAAUUAUAAUCCAUUACCCUCCACUUAGAGAUAAACAUCCUGCUUUCUAACAAGUGGUUUGGUUUCAAGAAAAAAUUGUCCUGUAAUCUGCAACUCCUACACUGCAGAAACAUUUGGACCACACAUCUUGACCAGGAUAAAGCAAUAGAUACAAUCUACAUAGACUUCUGCAAAGCCUUUGAUUCAGUGGUGCAUGACAAACUACUGUCAAAACUUAACAGUUGAAUAAGGCAUUUCUGGAUCCCUACACAAAUGGAUAGCCCCAUUCCUGUCAAACAGGUAACAAGUAGUCAAAAUAGGGAAGACCCUAUCAAAUCCGGCACCAGUUAACAGUGGUGUUAACAACGCCCCAAGGAGCAUUCUAGGACCCAUACUCUUUCUGCUUUACAUCAACGACCUAUGCAAUCACAUUAAAAACAGCUGCGUCCUCUUCGCUGAUGACGUAAAAUUAUUUAACACCACUGACAAUGCUGCUGCUUUACAAAGCGACCUCGACUAUGUGUCAGAAUGGUUGUGCAAUUGGCAACUCCAAAUCUCAACUAAUAAAUGCUCUGACCUUCAAAUUAGCAAUAAAAAUCAGAACACCAAAUAUACGUUGGGCGGAAAUGACCUUGUAGACAACCCUCACCCUGUCAAGGACCUAGGAGUAUUCAUCUCAAAUGAUCUAAGCCCCAGAGCUCACUGUAACUAAUUACAAACACUGCAGCAUUACCAAAAAGGCAUUAAGAAUUGUUAAUCUGAUUUUGUGAAGCUUCUUCUCUGGUAACUCUAUAUUGCUAACUAAGGCGUACAAAACCUUUGCCAGACCAAUUCUCAAAUACAUCUCAUCUGCCUGGAAUACACACUGUAUAUCGGACAUUAAUACAAUUGAGCGGGUGCAGAGGUAUUUCACAAGAAGAGUACUCUACUCCUCUACUUGCAAUAGAAUGCUUUAUGCCACCAGGUUUCAAAUUUUGGGCUUGAACAACCUGAAAUUGUCUGAUCUAAACAUAGUACCUAAAAUUGUCUGCUAUAACAUCUUACCUGUCAACGACUUCUUCAGCUUCAA